CCAGUGUUGCCAGAAUUUGAAUCUAAUUUUGAAUUAGGACCUAGUGACACACCUUCAGAAAGCUAAAGACUGUGAUUCUUACCACAAAUAUAUUUAAAAAAUAAAAUACAUUUGAUAUUCAAUGAGAGUAAUCGUUUCCAUUGUAACUUUCUUAACCCAGCCGCCACACUACUCAGGUUGUUUGUUGUCUUAAUUCCUAAAUUUCCUGGCAAUUUCAAUGGCGCUGUACAUGAGCUUUCAUAAAUGACAACACGAGAGUGAUUGCGCCACGAUUUCUUUCUUUUAAGAAGACUGCCAGUAACAGCAUUCUUAGUUUUACUCAAAGGUUUAAGAUGAGAAACUUGCAAUUGCAAACAUGUCAUCGAGCUUCUCAAGUUGCUGAACUUGUUGGAGUUGUAUGCUCAACUGUUGAUUGUGACACCGGGAGAAUUUAUGCAUCAAACUCAAGAUAUAUUGUUGGACUAGAUCCAGAUACUGACCAGGUAUCAUUGAAUGUCUGUCUAUGCACCGAAGGAUACAUCAUACCAGAUAGUACAGACCAUGUGAUUGGGCUACAGCAUAUUCCAGACCAACAAUCUGUGUGUGCUGCUACAAAUAAAGGAGAUGUACUGCUUAUCAAUACAAUGACAAAUGAGGUAGAAUGCAUUGGCAGUGUUGACCAGGGUUUGACAGCAAUAUCAUGGAGCCCUGACCAAGAACUGGUGGUCCUUGCCACAGGUCAAAAUACACUGAUUCUUAUGACCAAAGACUUUGACCCAAUUACAGAGACCUCUUUACACCCAGAAGAAUUUGGAGAGGGUAAACCAGUUACGGUUGGUUGGGGCAAGAAAGAGACCCAAUUCCAUGGAUCAGUCGGCAAGCAAGCUGCUAAGGCCAAGCCAGAACCAGUAAGCUUAGCCACGGAAUGGGAUGAUGCAAAGAUAAGAAUUAGCUGGAGGGGAGAUGGGCAGUUCUUUGUGGUCAGUUGCAUUAGCCCAGAGACUGGUGCUCGUAAACUUCGUGUGUGGAAUCGAGAAUGCAUUCUCCAGUACACUAGUGAGGAUGUCAGUGGACUUGAACAUGGGUUAUACUGGAAACCAUCUGGAAGUUUGAUUGCCUCCAGUCAGCGUCUGGCACACCGACACGACAUCGUAUUCUUUGAGAAAAAUGGUCUACGACAUGGUGAAUUCACCCUCCCAUUUGGGCAGCAGGAAGUUAAGGUUAUGGAAGUGCAGUGGAACUUAGACUCAAAUGUACUCGCUGUUUGGCUUGAAGACCUGCCUCCAAAAACAGCAGAUGAAAAUUUCUUCCCUAAAUCAUAUGUGCAAUUAUGGACUGUUAACAACUAUCACUGGUAUCUGAAACAGAGUCUAGACUUCAAAGCAUCAUCCAAUGAAAGAUUAGUAACCAUGGAAUGGGACCCUGAACAAGCAUAUCGUCUGCACAUAGUGACAAAAGGUGGUGAUUAUUGUCAGUAUACAUGGUCGUGGGCAACAAAUCAUAGCAGGGGUAUGACCCCACAGAACCAAGCUCAUGUUGCAGUUAUUGAUGGGGACAGAUUUAGAACCAUGGUGGUACCACCCCCAAUGUCUGCUUACUCACUCAAGCUACCAGCUUCCGUCAAUCAAGUUGUGUUUGCUCCGCCUCCUCUCUGUAACACGGUAGCGUUUGUUCUUUCUGAUGGCAGAGUUGCAUUCUACUCUACCGAUGUUGAACCCUCAGAUGAUUCUAUUGUAAAGAUUGAUGCUGCAUGGGGGACUGGUUUCCAGACCAUGACAAGACCACAUAGCUUAAGAAAUAUUUUGAGUAUUCAAAAUAAGGAUGGCAAAUCAAUAGUGUGGGAUUACCCAAUGAGUUACAGCCACUUUCAUUGGUUAAGCCAAGACACAAUGCUUGCUGUAUCUAGUUCCCAUGACAACAAUGAAAUGACCUCUGUCAUUCAUCUCAACAUCGGUGGACUUGACACAGAAAAACCAUUCCUCAAAAUUAAAUGUGAGUCAACCAUAUUUGGAAAUGUGUAUCACAUGACCAGCAAUCAUUGCACAGGGACCACAGCUGUGCAAUUGACAGAUGGUCAGGUGACUAAUCUAGAGAAUGACUUCAUCACAAAACUGCCCCAGCCUUGUACGCAGAUGGAGCUCUGCAAAAUUGAUGGACAAGAAGUGGUACUUGGGCUUACAGAGCGCUAUCGCUUUUACAUAAAUGAACAAGACGUCGCAAACAACUGCACUUCCUUCGCUGUUCAUGAUGAAUUCUUAUUGCUUACAACUCACAGUCAUACUUGUCGAUGCAUCAGUCUCAACAAUUCCAUAAAAGAUCUAGCUUCCUCUACAAGCACAAGUCAUUUAGAUGAAAAUAUCCGUCGGGUUGAGCGAGGCUCUAGGAUAGUUGUAGCUGUGCCAGGAGAAACAAAGCUCAUUCUUCAGAUGCCGCGUGGUAAUCUAGAGACGAUACACCCAAGGGCACUCAUACUCUCAUCAAUUAAAAAGUAUCUGGAUACGUUAGAUUACAAGAAAGCAUUUGAAGUUGUUCGCAAACACCGGAUCAACUUGAAUAUUCUUUAUGAUCAUAAUCCACAGAUGUUCUAUGAAAACACAGAUGUGUUUGUAAGACAGCUUGGAAAUGUAACCCACCUGAAUCUGUUCCUUGCCGAAUUGAACAUGGAAGAUGUUACAGAUACUAUGUAUUCCUGGGCUUACCGGUCAAAGGACAAGAAGAUCCAACAUACAGAUAACAAAAUCGAUAGCAUCUGUGAUGCAGUUCGGGAAAGUUGUUCAAGGAUUGAUCGAGAAAAGUACUUACUAUCUGUAUUGACAUCACAUGUAAAGAAGACAACUCCAGAAUUAGAGACCGCUCUCAAGUGUGUCCUUGACUUGAGGAAUAAUCCGUCUUCAAACUCCGAACAAUCAACUCCAGACCAAGCCCUCAAGUAUAUUCUGUAUAUUGUGGAUGUUAACAAACUCUUUGACGUAGCUCUUGGAACUUACGACUUUGAACUUGUUCUCAUGGUGGCUGCAAAAUCACAGAAGGAUCCAAAGGAAUACCUCCCAUUCCUGAACAAUUUGAAGAAACUAGAAUCAAACUACCAAAGGUACAGCAUUGAUAAGCACCUUGGAAGGUUUGCCAAAGCUCUAGGCCACAUCAGCAAGUGCCCAGAGCACUUUGAAGAGUGCCUUUCCUUGGUCAAAGAACAGAAGUUGCACAGCCUAGCACUGGAUUUAUUUGCACCUAAAUCAAAUGAAUACAAGGCAGUUGCUACUUCUUAUGCAGAAUAUCUAACUGAGAAGAACAGGCAUGAAGAAGCAGGCACUCUUUACUGUCUAUCUGAUGAGUGGUCUCAGGCCCUUGAGUCCUAUCUCAAGUGUGGCAACUGGCGCCAAGUGUUCUGCCUGACAGCCAGGCUAGGGUAUGCACGAGACAAGGUGUCUAGUAUAGCCAGGAAGCUUGCAGGCUACCUGACACAGCAUCGAAGGCAUACAGAAGCUGCCGUUGUACUAGAAGAAUAUGUUGAAGACCAAGAGGAGGCGAUUGCUGCUCUCAUCUGUGGUGGUGCUUGGGAAGAAUCUCUACGUCUGAUGUACAAGUACAAGAGAACAGACAUCAUUGAAACAAACUUAAAACCAGCUCUCAGGGAAGGUUGCCAAGAGCAUAUAGAAUCCAUUUGUAACAGUAGACAAGAGUUUGAAAACUUCAAGGCACGUCUUGCCGUUGUAAGAGAAAAUAAAGAGCGUACCCAUAAUGAAAUGGUAGAUGGUGAGGGAGUCAAUAAUGCAGAUGCAGACUUAUACUCCGACACGAGUAGCAUAACAGGAAGCACAUUUGCCGGGAGUACAGGGACACGAUCUACGUUCACUGCAUACAGUGAAGCUAAUUCUAGGAUUUCAGGGAGGUCAGCUAAGAAUAAGAGAAAAGCAGCAAGUAAAAGGAGGAGUUUGAGGGAAGGCAGUGAAGAGGAAGACCUGGCUUUAUUGGAGGCAUUACAACAAAUAUAUAAAAAUACAGACCAACUCAAAGGCGAGAUAGGGAGUCUCUUGAAAAUGCUGGUUUUAUUUCAUUUUGAAAAAGAUGCAAAGUCAUUGCAAAGCACUCUUUAUGAUCUGCUCAAGCUCCUGGAAAAAUCAACUUCUGAUAUUUGGCCCAAGACUGAUGAUAACCCUGUACCUCAAACGUUUGGUCCCCAAGCAACAUCAAACACAAUCGCUGCCGCAAUGAUGAAAGCCCCCUUGCAAACAUCCACAAAGCAGGCUGAUCUAGCGCUGUUUGUGCCUCCUAAGUUGGCAAAAGAUGACAAGUGGAGAAUGCACCAAUUGGAAUCAAGCUCAAACAAAUGAGAGAACUUGACAAAUGAGAGAACUUGACUUGAGUGAUCCGCUUCAAUCUUCUUGGUGCAUAAGGAUGCAACAGGUCUUUGUGUUACCCAUGCUUUCUUUGCUGUUUCCUAUGUGAUAUGGUGAUUUUUCAAUUCAGAUAAGACAGUCUUCUUCACAUAGUUUUCAGUGCAGUGUUUGGUAUAUUGUUUUGCUCCGUUUGAAACAUGUCACCUCAAAUAACAACAGGCGGACUAAUAUGAGGACAGUCAAGGGAAAUUAAAUUUAAAAUCAUGUAAUAAAUGUGCUUUAUCGAUAUCAAGAAUGUGUGUCGAAGUUUCCUGAUUUGCAAUUUAUUGAUUGUACAUAUCUCAGGACUCCUGCCAACAGUAAAAGGAUGUUAUUAAACAAGGUAUUUGCACAUAUUGGCGCAUAAAGUAUUAGUUAUGCUUUCAUGUUUAUUGUAUUGAAAGGUAAAUUAUAUAUUGUGCUUGUUCAUUUCUGAAAGAACUGCUCCAUUAAUUUAUGCAUGUAUGCUUAUUCAUUAACAAGCAGAUAAAGCAUGUAAAUUUUAUAAAACUUAAUAAUAAAUAUAUGAAAAUUAUUCA